AUGGAUGGAGGAGGAGAUGAAAGAAUUAAUUACUCCACGCAAAGUGCUGGCACCACAUCAUGGCCACUUAGCGCUUACACUGAUAACUUUAAUAACAUCAACAUCAACAACAUCAACAAAAACGUCUACAACAUCAACAACAACAAAAACAUCUACAACAUCAACACCAACGAUAACAUCUUUAACAACAACAGCGGUUCAAACGGUAAUAAACCUUCUUCCAACAACAAGAAUGACGUCACUAACAUCAGCAAGAACGUCAAUAAUAACAUCAACAACGCCAAAGACAACAUUAAAAACAUAACCACACUUACCAAAGAAAGCAACAAGACUGACUCUUAUGACGUCAAUUCGAUCGUAAACAACAUCCAGGACACGAAGAUGAUUAAUAAAACCAUCAACAACAAUAACAACAACAAUAAUAAUAACAACAACAAUAAUAACCAUAGGAUCAACAACAACAUCGAUGACGUCACAAAAAAC